UAACCCCCCUACCCUACGCUUUUCCUCAUGUGUGUUUUUGUGUUGUGUGAUAGCACAAUUUCAAAACAUUAAUUUUGAUUUAAAAUGUAACAUUUGCGUAGCUAAUAAUUCGUGUAUUUGAAAAUGGCAUCAUAUAUGGAUCUUCAAGGAGGCCACAGUAAAGUGUUCCUCUGGUAUUCAGAUCUUCCAACACGUCUGCCAGAGAUCUGUAGAGCCCUACACCAGAAAGAGUUUCCAUUGGCAACUAAGUCACUCCUUGACUGGAUGGCCUCGUACUUCGUCCAGUGUCAGAAUUUUCCACCUGGAAAAUUCCCAAAUAAGGAUAUUGUAAUCCAGUUGCUGGAUUUGUUCGUCUUUUACCAACCACUUGAUGGAUUUGUACCUAAGAAAUUGACAUCGCUAGACAGUCUACAGAUUAUCGAACUCUUGUGCCAAUUCUUUAGUACUGGCAACAGCGCCCCCAUAAUGUACUCGGUGUUCGAUGCGUUGUUUGGCUGCAGCCGUGACAGCAGAUGCGAUGCUCACCGGGGCAGAAUGCUUAGUCAGCUCGCCUCUAUGGCAGUCUCGGUGAAGUGUGUGCCGGUUCUAAACAACAUUGCCAUUUGGUUAUACAAUCAGGACUGCUCAAGUAAUAGUUUAGCCAUGGUGUCUUCAGUAAUUCAAGAUUUCUGUGUUCUUGUGCCGGAGUCUCUGAGUUCGCUUGAAGCUCUGAUACUGGUGUGUCCUCAGUUUGCCUGUCAGUUCAUGACAGCUGCCGUCCAUCUCUUCUACCAAACCCAAGGUCCUCAAUUACAAGUUCCGAACUCAAUUCCUAACAAUUUACUGGAAGUGUUCUCAAAAUGGUUGGAUCAGGAUUACUCUUUGUGUAUCGCAUCGAUCCAGUCACCUCUGCCACGAGUUCCUUCAUUUCGUGAUCCGAUGGGCUACAUGUCCCGUUAUAUGUGUACGUACAUUUCAGCCCUACCAGGACUUGUGAACUGCUGCGUCGUAGGCAAUCUGGGAAGACCCACGAGUAAAGGUCCCAACUCUGAAAUUGAGGAAAAAACUCAUGUGUAUUCGCGGUUGCUGUUUGGUAUUUUACAGACUCUUUUGCAAGCUCAGCUUCUGAAGAAAGGCCAGCCACAGCAUCGUGUGCCAAAAGAACUCAUUGAUGUUCUGCAAAGGUUGCUGACGGCAGAGAAUUUGAAAAGGAUUGUUGAAUCAUUUAAGAGAAUUGUCAAAGAUUGCAACCUCUUGCCAGACUCGGAAGAAGUGCAGGCUUCUCUGGACCGAUUCGCUCAAGUGCUUCAGGUUGCCUUGGCAACAGGGACCACCCAUUGUUCAAGGGGAAAUGUACUGGACAUAUGCAAGGGGCUACCAAAUAAUCGAUUACUUAAUCUCAUCCUGUCUCAUAGCAACAAACUAGAGGUAUCCCAGAAGGCAUCAGCCAGUCCUCAGAAGCAAGGCUUAGCAGUACCAAUGCAGCAUUGAUCCUUUGUUAAAGACUCGAGGGUCAGACAUACAGUAGAUGAGGUCAAGAUAGCAGAUUAAACAUUGACCAGAUAUAUAUGCUAUAUAUGCUGUCUAGGCCUAGUACCCAAUUCACAUGCGACAAAAUGUUUACCCGGGACACAUGCUAAAUGUUAUAGAUUUUCCCGGUUAUGCCCACAGUGUUCACACAGUUGAUACGCAGACAGUGAACAUGUGUGCGAGGCUACAGUGAAAGCUAAGCUGUGUCUCACGGACAUACACAGAUUCAUAUACAUUUUAUCUCGGAAGUGUUCUGAACCUCUGCAAUUUCUGUUUUUUUUUUUUUUUUUUUUCGGUAAUUAUUAUACGAGUUGCAAAGUAAUCUUUGGCGGAUGUGCUUCACACACAGAUGCAUUGUAGCAGGGAAGAGGGAACGCUUGGUAAAUUUUUCCUAACACGUGUACAUUUUGUCUCGUGUGAAUUGGGUAUUAUUAUAUUACUGUACUGCAGGAGUGGGCAUAAAAAUGAGUCGGAGGACUGAAGUGAAGGUUGCAUGCCAAAAUAGUGGGUGUUUUUAAAUCUGCUUUAUGCCCGGUUUUGAUGUUACUUUACAUAUAUUCAACAUUAAAAUGGAGUUUUUCUUGCCAACGAUGGAAGGCGUGCUAUA